AUGGGGACAGUUGAUGACUCACUUACCAUAAUGAGCAGUGAUGUUAAAGAAUUGUUGAAUCAUUAUAUUGUUCACCUGAAACUAAGUAAUCGAUCACAGCUAAGAUACCUAAACAGUGUUCUUUGUUUUUCUUUCACUUUACAUGUCACAGCUCCAUUCAACCCAAACAAAGGUGCAGAUAGCAUUGUCAAGUUUGACACUUUUGGAGAUGGCAUGGGACGAUACAACGUGUUCAAUUUCCAGAACGUGGGUGGCAAGUAUUCCUACUUAAAGGUUGGUCACUGGGCAGAAACCUUAUCACUAGAUGUUGACUCUAUCCACUGGUCCCGGAGCUCAGUCCCUACUUCCCAGUGCAGUGACCCGUGUGCCCCCAAUGAAAUGAAGAACAUGCAACCAGGGGAUGUCUGCUGCUGGAUCUGUAUCCCCUGCGAGCCCUACGAAUACCUGGUUGACGAGUUUACCUGCAUGGAUUGCGGCCUCGGGCAGUGGCCCACUGCAGACCUGUCUGCCUGCUUUAACCUUCCAGAGGACUACAUCAGGUGGGAAGAUGCCUGGGCCAUUGGUCCAGUAACCAUUGCCUGCCUGGGCUUUAUGUGUACAUGCGUAGUUGUGACUGUUUUUAUCAAGCACAACAACACACCCUUGGUCAAAGCGUCAGGCCGGGAGCUCUGCUACAUCUUGUUGUUUGGGGUUGGUCUGUCAUAUUGCAUGACGUUCUUCUUCAUCGCCAAGCCAUCACCAGUCAUCUGUGCGUUGCGUCGACUAGGGCUGGGAACCUCCUUUGCUGUCUGUUACUCAGCCCUGCUGACCAAGACAAACUGCAUCGCCCGCAUCUUCGAUGGGGUAAAGAAUGGAGCUCAGAGGCCAAAAUUCAUCAGCCCAAGUUCUCAGGUUUUCAUCUGCCUGGGUCUGAUACUGGUGCAAAUUGUGGUGGUGUCCGUGUGGCUGAUCCUGGAGGCUCCGGGCACCAGGCGGUACACCCUUCCAGAGAAGCGGGAGACAGUCAUCUUAAAAUGCAAUGUCAGAGAUUCCAGCAUGUUGAUCUCGCUCAGCUACGAUGUGGUCCUGGUGAUCUUAUGCACUGUGUAUGCCUUCAAAACUCGGAAGUGCCCAGAAAAUUUCAACGAAGCCAAGUUCAUUGGUUUUACCAUGUAUACCACAUGCAUCAUCUGGCUGGCCUUCCUCCCUAUAUUUUAUGUGACAUCAAGUGAUUACAGAGUGCAGACAACCACCAUGUGCAUCUCCGUUAGCCUGAGUGGCUUUGUGGUCCUGGGCUGUUUGUUUGCACCCAAGGUGCACAUCAUCCUGUUCCAACCCCAAAAGAAUGUGGUCACACACAGGCUGCACCUCAACAGGUUCAGUGUCAGCGGAACGGGGACCACAUAUUCUCAGUCCUCUGCAAGCACGUAUGUCCCGACGGUGUGCAAUGGGCGGGAAGUCCUCGACUCCACCACCUCAUCCCUGUGAUUGUGAAAUGCAGUUCAGUUCUCGUGUUUUUAGACUGUUAGACAAAAGUGCUCACGUGCAGCUCCAGAAUAUGGAAACAGAGCAAAAGAACCCUAGUACCUUUUUUUAGAAACAGUACAAUAAAUUAUUUUUGAGGACUGUACAGUAUAUAGUGAUGUGUUAGAACUUUUUAGGCUGAUUUUAGUGCCCAUAUUAUUAACGGUCCCCCCGAACAUGGAAAUAACCAUUGUUUACAGAGCUGAGCAUUGGUGACAGGGUCUGACAGGAUCAGUCUAAAAAAUAUGGUGGCAAUAUUAGGUAACUUUUUUUCCUAUGAAGUUUUUUGUAGGUUCUUGUUGUAACUAAUUUAGGAUGAGUUUCUAUGUUGUAUAUUAAAGUUACAUUAUGUGUAACAGAUUGUUUUUCUCAGCACAAAAUAAAAAGCAUCUGUAUUAAUGUAAAAAU